AUGGCUACAGAUGUGUUGGAGAAACAUGAAAAGCAUGAUACCGAUCGGGAUUAUGGCCUCACGGGCCAUGUAUCUCAUUCCGACGUCCUGGUGAACAAGGAUCUCAUGAGCGAUGCUUUUGAUGGCGAGAACCGUGAGCAUGAGAUGGGAGUGUGGGCGGCUGCCAAGAAGCACCCUUGGGCUUGCUUCUGGGCCUUCACCAUGUGUUUUACCAUUGUAAUGGAGUCUUUCGACAUGUUCUUGAAUGGAAACUUUGUCGCGCUGCCCGUGUUUCGGAGAACAUACGGGGUCUAUGUCGAGGGAUCUGGAUACAUCAUCGAGACCAAAUGGCAAAGUGCUCUCUUCCAAGCCGGCCAGUGUGGCGCCUUUGUUGGUGUCUUCUUGGCUGGCCCCGUUACCAACCGCCUUGGCUAUCGUUGGACCACCAUCUUGGCCCUUGCCCUGAUGAAUGCCACCAUCUUCAUCUCCUUUUUCGCUAAUUCGCUUACGCUUCUUACCGUCGGACAAGCACUGGAAGGUCUUCCGUGGGGUUUCUUCAUUGCGAACGCCCCGGCGUAUGCUUCCGAAAUUGUCCCCCUUGCCCUGCGAGGCGCUUGCACGGCCACCUUGCAGAUGAGUUGGUCCAUCGGCAUGAUCAUCGUCGCCGCCGCCACGUACGGCUACAACAAGCGCGACGACGAGUGGGCGUGGCGAGUGCCCAUCGGCUUGCAGUGGAUCUUUCCCACCCCCCUCCUGGUUCUCAUAUUCCAAGCCCCCGAAUCGCCCUGGUGGCUCGUCCGUCGCGGGCGCAAGGAAGAAGCCCUUCGCUCCAUUGAGCGCCUCGGGAACAAGCAGCACGCCCAACAAUCCCUUGCUAUGAUGGAGCGCACCGUCGAGAUUGAGGCUCAAAUGGGCGGAGCCCCCACCCUCCUGGACCUGUUCAAGGGCACAGAUCUGCGACGAACAACCAUCACCUGCCUGAUGUACGCAUCGCAGAACUUUGCGGGAAACUUGAUUGCAAACCAAGCCACCUUUUUCUUCGAGCAGGCUGGAAUCUCGUCCGACUUGGCUUUCCAGCUCAACUUGAUCAACUCGUGCCUGCAGUUCGUCGCAAAUGCCCUCUCGUGGUUUCUCACGGCCUGGUUCGGCCGCCGAACCAUCUACCUGUGGGGCACGGCCGCCAACGUCACUUUCCUCAUGCUCCUCGGCAUCUGUGCCUCUAUACCACAAAACUCGUCGACCAAUUACGCCCAGGCCGUUCUCGGCAUAAUAAUCUCCUUCGUUUUUGCUGGCUCCCUCGGGCCCAUCUCCUACUCCAUCAUCUCGGAGACAUCUUCCGUCCGUCUGCGGGCUCUCAGCACGGGUGUUGGCCGCGCUGCCUAUUAUGUUGCGGAAAUCCCAAUGAUCUUCCUUGCUUCUCAGCUGCUCAAUCCAACGGGGUGGAAUCUUGCAGGCAAAUGCGGUUAUGUCUGGGGUGGAACCGCCAUCGUAUGCUGGCUCACUGCCUAUUUCUUUCUUCCCGAGCUGAAACAUCGUACUUAUCGUGAGAUUGAUAUCUUGUUCAACCGCAAGGUUCCUGCUAGAAAGUUCAAUUCGACCGUCAUCGAUGUCAGGGAUAAUGAGUAA